AGAAGGCGCUGCAGUGUGGCGUACGAGCAUUGACGACUUGCCUGAGGAGAUACUGAUAAAGAUCUUCUCUCACUUGUCUUUCACUGAGCUAGUGGACGUGGUACGGAAAGUGUGCCGUCGUUGGAGAAAGCUGUCGCGAGAUUUGAGGUUGUGGGCUGACAAGGAAUACCAUGUCGGGGUCUCGAGGCACUGCAACUCGGAGAACUGUAAGAGCGGCAGGACCGAGCGGGAGGCGAUACGUAUCUUCCGCAGUGCCCGAAACCUGUGUAAAGUACACAUGUGGUGCGCCGUCAGCCCCCACGUCAUCGACGUGCUCUGCGACAAAUGCCGGAGACUCACAGAUCUCCGCCUGCACGCUGCCCAGAAGCUCGGCUAUUCGACGGUGAAGAACUUGGUCGAGCAGUGCUCCGGGAUACAUGUGCUGACGGCACCCGACGAGCUGCUGAAGACCGAGAAAUUUUCAGAGGCGGUGUCACAUCUGCAGCACCUCCAUGUGCUGUGUCUGCAAGAGAGAUACGUGGGAACGACUUGCGUGCUGCGUCCUUGUGUGCUGAGACCUUUGGGUGACGGGUGCCCCCGACUGGUCGAGAUUGACUUCGGACGUAUGUCUGUCGAUACGGAUGAUCUGAAGUACUUUCUGAAUGCCAAGAAGAACACCCUAAAGUGCUUACGAAUAAAGUGGUCGGUGGGUGGAACGAGGUGCGUCAUACCGUUGCUGCCGGUAUACCCCGACAGCUUGGAAUGUCUGGAACUUUACGAGUACGACAUAGUCCACGACUCGGCCAGAGAGGCGUUCACUACCGUCGGAAGCUUGAAGAACUUGCGGGAACUCAGGAUGUCCGUCCCCGAUCGAAUACCGCCCGGAACAGCUGCUCUGGCUUUUACGAAUGGAGGACUGCCACAACUGAAAGUGCUGGAUCUACCACACGGAUACGGUGUGGAAGAUAACACAGUAAUUGCCAUCAGCCACGGAUGUCCCGGUUUGCGGCAGCUCUCCGUCACUCACGCUACGAAGCUGUCGCCUGCUGCCUUCUCGGAGAUCAACUGUCUAGAACAUCUUGAAAUACUAGAUGUGACAGGUUGUAGCAGACUCGGCGGAGGCCUAUUCCCCUGCCUCGUCGGGCUACCGCGACUUCACACGUUGCGAAUGGGUACCAUGUAUUUCGGUACCACGUAUUUUACAGAGUUGCAGCCAGGUGUGAGCAGCAUCCUCAAAUUGUCAGGAUUGCGCUGUCUGACAUUCGAUUAUUCGGAUGUUACUGGAGUGCCUUUUGAUAAGUUUCCGGAUAAUCUCGUCAGUCUCAGGGAGCUGAGUGUCGAAGGGUGCCAAGGUGACCCCAGAGCCACAGACGGGCUGACCGAGCAGAUGCCCAAUCUCGUAAUCCGCGGCACGAUCCACGCUGAGCUACAGCCUUUCUACUUCGAGGCACUCGAGGAUGUAGGGCCCGGCGAAGCAGACGAAGCGGUGGACGACCGUUCGGAGAGUGACGAAGACGGCGACAGUGAUAGUAGCGUCGGCGGCAGUGACAGUGAGAGAGGUUGAGAGCACUAUAUCUGUAUGUAUAAAAAUGAUGUGAAAUUUAUAGGAAAGUACAAUUCUCGGUACUUGUCAACAUAAGCGGAAACUGUUUUGAAGGAAUAUAACAAAUAAUUUUAGAAAUGUGUAGAAGAAACAGUAAUGUUGUUUGAGUACCUGCUGUAAUAAUCUGCAAUAAUGUUUGAUUCUUGUUGUAACAACAAUGGAUUCACAAUGAAACAAAUUUUUUAAAUGAUAAAAUGGCUACACAGAUCAGGUAGCAAUUCAUAAAUAGCACUGACAAUGUUUUUUUGCAGUAAGUCGAAUUUAAAAACUUCUUUGUUUUUAUAAACCUGUGAAACAAUAAUAAAUGAGGACUGCUACCUUGUUAUUUUAAGUGUUAAUUAUAUUUAUCAGGAUACUGCUAGAUACCAUUUUUAAAUAUUAAAUUUCAUUUGGAGGAACCACUUUGUGAUUAAAAUACAUGACAGACUCUUUUACGAAUGAACCACACAUCACUAGUGUAAUACUGUACAGCAUUUAUUAUUUGUUACACAAACCAGUUUUUGGCUGAUAAGUCACUGUCGGGUAUGAAGAUAAGUAAGUGGUAAAGUGAAAUUGGUUGGAUCAAAGAUUUUGAAGUAGUGCAUCUAAAGAGUAUUUCUGUUUCCAGAGGUGAAAAAUAUUAAUGUUACAAGA